AUGGCAAGUAUUCCUUAUGCUAAAGCUAUUGGGAGUAUUAUGUAUGCCAUGAUAAGUACCCGACCAGAUUUAGCUUUUGCUGUCAGUAUAUUGAGCAAAUUUAUGUCUAACCCGGGGGAAGAACAUUGGAAAGGUCUGAAAUGGUUGCUGAGAUAUUUGAAAGCUACUCUGAAAUAUAAUUUACAGUUCAAUAAGGCAGGAGCUCAAGUGAAAUUGGAAGGAUGUGUUGAUUCAGAUUAUGCUUCAAAUAAAGACAGCAGGAAGUCACUGACAAGCUAUUGUUUCCAACUAAAUAGCUACUGUAUUAGUUGGAAAUCACAACUCCAACUAGUAGUAGCUUUGUCUACUACAGAAGCAGAAUUCAUGGCCACCACAGAAGCAUUUAAGGAAGUUUUUUGGAUAAAUGGAAUUUUAAAGGAAAUUUAG